AGCUACGUUAGGUUGCCUUCCACACAAAAUGGCAGGCUCGCUGUCUAAAAGCGAUUCCAGUGUCUCUCUGGAAAUAAGGACUAAAUCGGUGGAGCAAACUUUAAUUCCUUUAGUUAGUCAGAUAACAACUUUAGUAAACCAUAAAGAUAAAACAAAGGUGAGCGAGAAAGCCCAGAGAGCUCUGGUACGUGUCGGUCAACUGGUGAAUUUAGCCGUGGAACGUUUCGUAACAGUUGGAGAAAGUAUAGCAUGUGAACAUGUCGAGAUCCAAGAAGAAAUGAUGGACGCUUGUCGAGAGGCAAAAACAGCAGGUUGUAAUAUCGAGAGUGCCACCAAGUUGGAGUAUCCCAUACAGAAUGGUAUUGAUGCCCUCGCUAAACAUCUGGCAGACAAAUCAGCCAUGAUACGAUCGGCACGACAAUUAUUAUCGGCCAUCACUAAAGUAUUAUUACUAGCAGACAGAAUCGUAGUUAAACAACUACUUCUUGCCAAAGAUAAGGUAUUCCACAGUUUAUUGAUAGUUGAAGCCGUCACAAAUUUUACUGAUUUCGUGAAGUCAUUCAGUCAGUUUGGUACCGAUAUGGUGGAGCUUGCUCAUUUAUCUGGAGAUCGACAAAAUGAUUUAAAGAGUGAGAAACAUAGAGCACAGAUGGGAUCAGCUAGAGCUAUAUUAGAGAAAUCUACCAUGAUGCUCUUAACAUCAUCAAAGACGUGUUUACGCCAUCCAGAUUGUCAGGCAGCAAGAAGAAAUCGUGACGGUGUUUUCGUACAGAUGAAGAGAGCGUUAGAUCUGCUACAACAUGUGGUAACAGAUGGAUCUGGUUUAUAUAUGAAUGGAAACUCAUCGCCCACAACUAACGGAGAUUCGGGAAUCGCCUUAAAUACAUCACAACCCACGGCCAGUCGGGCAUUUAAAGAUUUUGAAGACCAAGUAGAAUUGACAAGGAUCACUCUCAUUGGUCCAGCAACAGAAGAUAAACUCCAGGGAGCAUUUGAUGCUGUGGUUGAAGGUGUUCAAGAUUUUACAGACUCCGCCUACACGUCACAUGAUAACCGAGAAAAAAUAGUCCAACUUUCUGACAGUCUUCGUGAUCAGCUACAUGUUUUAAUCAAGACAGGCCACAAUGUUAGUCCGAAAGAGAACCAUACAAUUACCCCAGAAUUAGAAACAGUUUUACUAAAAACAAUAGAAGCUUCUAAAAAUCUACGUAAACAGUUGUUGGAUACAGCGAUGGAGCAAGCGUCUGAUCUAUUUAAGAUGAAUGAAGAUCAUGAAUUAUUGCGUGGGUUACAGCGAGCUGGUAUCAACGGAGAAGUAGAAUACGUGGAUGAACUCACUAUUAAAUUUGAUGAACAUCAGGAACAGAUUGAAGAGGUUUGUAAAUUAUUUCGACAUAUGGCCACAACGGAACCGUUGAUUAUAACAGCUGAACAUAAUGACACUUUUAUACACAGUAUUGGUCCAUUGACCCUGUUUGCAGCCCAGACAUUAGCCCAGUAUCCUAACAGUAAAAUAGCUCGUGAGAAUCUAGAUGUAUUCGCUGAUGCCUGGGAGUCUCAAAUAAACGAUCUCUCAAUACUAGUCAAAGAGGUUAACGAUGUCUGUCUCGGCAAGAUGGAUAAACUUGUCUACUUAUCGUUACCUAGACCUGGGAUAAUGAGUACGUCAUCAUCAUCCUCAUCAAAACAUGGAACAACAUCUCGAUCUUUACGUCCAGCUAGAUUAGAUGCUGAGGAACAAGCAAAGAUUGCUAAACUUGGUCUGGAGAUGAAACUGAUCACCUCCGAGAUGGAUGCAGAAACAGAUAAAUGGGAGGAGCCAGAUAAUGAUAUAGUGAAGAGAGCGAGGAAUAUGUCCAGUAUGGCGUUCUCUAUGUAUUUAUUUACCCGUGGGGAAGGUGCUCUACGAACCACGCAGGAUCUUUUUGUUCAAGCUGAGUUUUUCGCGGAGGAAGGCAAUAAAUUAUAUAAAACUGUUCGUGAUUUUGCACAGAGGGUUCCAUCAUGUCCUAUAAAAGAAGAAAUGUUAGCGUAUGUAGAUCGCAUUCCUGUCUCCUGUCAACAGAUUCUAUUUACACUCAAAUCAUCAACCUUUGGUAAAACACCAACGUUUAAUAAGGUUGAUAGUACUAUACAAGAAACUAAGAAUUUGAUGAAUGUCAUCGCUAAAAUAGUUACAACUUGUUUUAUCUGUGCGACAAAGUUCAACAUAGAUUACCGUUCAUCACCAAGUUCCUUAUCAUUACGUUAUCGUAGCCCCGCCCAGUUCGACAUGAGAUCUAGUGGAUCGGACACCACCGAUUCUGGACUUUCUCCGCAUUCUGACCUAUAUCGCAGCGCGUCUCUUAAUCGCAACAUCCACUGCUCAUGACAACCGUAACUCAGAACUAUUUCUCGUCCUGUUGGAUGACUAGAUCCGAUAUUUUUUUUUGUGGAAGUGGAUUUCAAGUGGAUGGAUUGUCUUCAAUUCAAAAUGUUUGUUCAAGAAUGUUGUUUGUCCAGGAUCAUCGAUUCAUGUUGCUAUGUUACAAGAGGAGUUCCGUGCCGAAAAAAAAGAUGUGAAAUUAAUGCUCCUGGUUGCAUGAUCAAUAAAUAAUCAUUUUUUAAUAUUUGUGUCAUAAAGCUACAAGUUGGUUUAAGAAUUACAACCACAAGGUCAGCAAUUAGAUAUUAGGGUCAACAAACUUUGUAUUGUCCAGUACAGAUGCUUAAACAACAAACUACUUACAUCCAGGAGAUCAAAGUGUUUAGAUUUCCGACAUUAUUUUAAUGGAAACCCAAUCAAUGACCUGUCACAAGUACAAUAAAAAAAAAUAAAAAAGCAACCAGAAAGAAAUGUACUCCAAAACAAGUUGUGCUUUUAAACAGUUUUAUAGGUUUUAAUUGAAAAGUAUUUGAAUAUACCAGUCGAUAUGUUUUUGUCGUUUUUUAAAACUAAGUCCAGUGGGAUUAUUGCAAUAUAAACUGAAGGUGCAAAUGUUAAUAGUCUAAAAUCAACGUGUAAAAUAUCUUCAUGUUUUAAUAUUCUGUGUUCUAUUUUACUUUUAGAAAAUGGGAUGUGUUCUGAGCUUGGUGAAAUUGUCAAAUUAUUAAGUUUGUUGAUUAUGAUUGCUUGCAUUAUUUUUUGCUUUUUAUUCAGGGUAAAAUUUUUUAACUUACUUAAAAAUAAUCCACAAAUUUUAUUAGGCUUACAAAUCUGUUGAUUUAGCAAGAUUUUUUGCUUGAUAACGCUGGUCCUUUUUGUGGUCAUUUGUACGUUUAAAAGGGUUAUUUUUUAUGUUUAAGAAAUUUUAAAUGUUUAAAGAUUGGACAAGUUCUGUAAAUAAUGCUUUUAUUUAAAUUACAUUGUUAUCACCCUUUAACUUCCCUCUUCCUUCAAAUUGUUUCUCAAAUAUUUUCAAAGUUUUUAGCCUUCAAUAAGACUACUUUUGUAAACAUAUUAAUCACAAACUGACAAAAGUUUUACGGCCUUCUUUCAACCAGGUUAGUUUGGUAAACUUUAUAAAUUAUAGGCUUAUUUAGUUAAUUUCUGAAACGGAAUAAUUUCAGUACAUUCUAUAAGGUAUUUCACAAUUGGAAAUCUUUGGUACCAGGAUAGAUACUACACCUUUCUUCAUCCUGGUCAAGGGUUGACAGAUGGUUGAUAGUUUAUUGUAAUAGAAGUAAAUAUGAAAUCUGCCAUAUAUUUGAUUUCCAAUUUUUGUGAUAUGAAAUUAAUAUAGUAAUAUUCCAUAAUAAUUAAAUUAUAUUGGUGCUAUGCUGCUUUUAAAAAAAUUCACUUUGAUCCCUUUCCAUGUUCUUCACAUAUAUCCUCCACCCAACCCACCCCACCCCACUCCAUUUCGCAGCAAUUCAUCACCCCACACUUCUCAUCCAUAAUAUCAUCAUUCCAGAUUUGUCAUUUGUAUAUAUGUAAAUUAGUAGCUUAAUAGUUAUUUUCCUUUUAAAGUGUCUUUUUGCCUUCAUUCUGCACAUUCUAUAUCUUUGACAUUUUUAACAGCAUGAAAUGAGUAUAUUCAAUGAUAUUCACUGUUCUAUAUUUCACAAAGAGAAACUGGUAAUUACAACCCAGUGAGUCUGCUGUGUAUUAUAUUUAAAUAUAUUAUCAACUCAUUCUCUAUAUAAAUAUAAUAUAUUAAAGUUUAAGUUGGUUUGUUUCAACUCCUUCUAAGCGGCAAAGUAGCGCUCUAUCAAACACCUUUAUCUAGAAAUUGUCAAAAAAUUAUCUCUAUUUUUCUGCCUAUUCUCGGGGAGGAUAAGGACCAUCAUCUGUCUAUUCUAGAUGAUAAGAAUGAUCUGCUUUAUUCUUAGCUAAAUUAUGAAUUUUAAGGCUCAUAUUUAAGGUUUACAUUGUAAACUUUACAAUAUCAAUAUAUACUUAUUUUUUUUAUGUAAACAGUAUUUUUUUACAAAGAAUACAUACAUGUAUCAAAAAGCUCUUUAUAGGCAUUUUUUUUUUCAUAAAAGCUCCAACAUAAUUUGCUGCAAUAUUUUAUUUUUGGUUAGUGAGUUAUAUAAUUUUUUUUGUAGAUUUUAUUUUACUUUUAGAAAUUGUUAAUUAUAUUUAACUAUGUAUAUUAUUUAAAUUUUUAAAAUUAGUUUGUAUGCUUUAUUGUACAGUAUCUCUCUGACUGGGUUCACAUUUUAGCAGUUUUAUUUCAUGUGGUAGACUCUUAACCCUUUAUCAUCACCUGGAUUGUUCGUUCCCUUCCAUUCAUAGAGGGUUAACACCUGGUUCCACUAUCGCUAACAAAUCUUUCUUUAGAAAGUUGACACAAGAGCGAAUUAUAUUUGAGAAGGAAGUCCAACUUAGGGAAGGAAUAGGAGAACAAAAAGGAAUUUGUAACCCCCAUCCCGACCCGACAGUUAAAGGUUCUUUUGUGCCGUUUGAGAGUUAUGUGAUUGUGUGUAGAUGGCUUAUCUACUGCUGCUCCGUUUUAUUGGAAAGAUAAGUGCUGGUGUGAGUUGACCAUAAAAUAUGUUUCUUCAUCCUUGGAGGACAUGUUCGGAUGGGACGAAAAACCGAGGUCCUGUGUACUCAUUGGCGUGCACGUAAAAGAUCUCUUGGCAGUUGGAAUUCGAUAUAAGUAUAAGAGUAGGCUGUAGCGCCGCUGUCCAGGCAAAAUUUUCCUCAUGGAAUACAGCAUGGCGUAUGCCUGUCUUUAUUAGCCCAAUCGGAGCAGAACAGUAGGACGUUAAACCCCUUAGUCCCAUUUAUUUAAAAACACAAACAUUUAAUAUGUUUUUAGUCGUCACCAGAAUUGAUAUUAUUUCAUUUAUACCAUUUAAUUUUUUUAUCAUUUUUGUGAGCAAUAAUAAUAUUACAGUUAAUUUUAUGAAAUGGCAAUGCAAAAAUUAUAUUAAUUUUUAUUUAUUGAAUUAUUAUUUAGGGUACUCAUUUUUAAUUUCCAUUAAUUCCUAUUAGACAAUUAUUAUAGUUUUGAUUUUAUGAAAGUAUUAUGUCAUAAUUAUAAUCAAAGUCUUCUCCUGUUAGAUGUCAUCUUGUUUUAUUAAACACCUCAUACUGUGUACCAUAAUGCGCUUCAGCCCCAGUUGUAUUGAGAGACUUGAGGGACGAGGCUAGACACAUUGCACCAAAUCAAAUGGAGUUAAGUAGACUAGAAUAACUAGACGCUAGAAAUUUGCACUCGAUUGAGAUUGCUGACUUAUUUCGCCGAACAUAACUGAUUUGAAAUUGGAGUAAAAACGGAAACCAUUAAAUGUAAAUCAGUUUAUAUACAUUCAUAUUACAGUAUUAUAUGUGUUGCGACCCACUUUUGUGAAUUUCUAGGUCCCAAAUGUUAGCGAUUUAGCUCCUUUAAAUUGUUGAAGUUGCAUUUAGUAACUGAACGAGAAUAACAUAUGACACAAUUGAAGAGCCCAGGGGAGGAACGAUCUAAGAAACCUGAUGGAUAAGAAUUCUUGAUGCGACCGGGACGCUGUGGAUUUAGAUCGUUCUCCACCGGGAGGUCAAUUGAGAAGGGUUAUGGUUCGAUGUGACUCCGAUCGUUUUUACAUGAUAUCGAUUGUUCCACAGAAAGCUUAUAAAAUUUGCUACCAGAUGGCGCCAUUAACUGGGGUUCAUGGAAAAAGUGACUUAGAUCGUUCUUCCCCUGGGCUUUUCAAUUAUGUGGAAUACAAGUUACUUAAAAGUUUAUUUCUGGUGAUGUUUCAACAAGGGUUCUCUCUCAUCUUUCGCUUGAUAAAGAUGAAAGAACCAUCGUUGAAACAUUGCCAGAAAUAAACUUUUACGUUAUUUGUAUUCCGUAAUCUUGUGUUGUGUGUUAUUGUUCCAUACACUUGGUAAUAUUUCUCUUCUUCUUGGGGCAACACGCUGAGUACAAUCCGCAUGAAACUCAACUUGCUUGUAUCCAGAAUUGUGCAUUGGUUGACAAACUCUGAUUUUUUUUUUUACUUGAUGGCACAGAUGACAUCAAGAAUCGGACGUUCAUGUGAUAAGGUUGAAUUUCUUAUUUUGUAAAAGGAGUUAAAGACUAGAAUUGCAGUUAUAAAGUUAUACUCGAGUCCCUCUCCCUUGAAGAGUUAUUUUACAGAAAUGUUUUCUUAGGAUAGUUUAGUGUUAUAUUAAUUUUAGUUGACUUGGCUAUUGUUCCAUUUAUCAAUUUAUCAUUUUCAACUUGUUAAUCUCCAUGGUAAACUGUUCCCAAUAUUUUGAGUAUUUUUCAAGUUCCAGUAGUCCCAGGCAGUGUUUAUAUUUUGUGUAUUUGUAUGUUCUGAAUCAGUGGUUCCCAACAUUUGUCCCCUCACAGACCCCCGCCUCCCUACAUCUGCAUAUACUCUAUUAACGUGACUGAUAUCAGCAACUAUAAUUCAUUCUCCAAAUACCAACAAUUUCAUAUUGUGCAUUAUCUCAUGCCCCCCCCCCUUCCCAAAAUUAGUUCAAAGUUGAAAGACCCACCCCUAUGAGGGAAGCACUGACUGAAAUGGUGUCGGUAUCUCCACAGUGAGUAGAUUCUAUUACCCAUUGACUUGACAAGAUACCCAACAAGAGGGUUGCUCAUUUAUGUGAAGUAACUUGUGCAUUAUGGCCAGAAUUGAUAACAGUUUUAGGAAUGUCCAAAUUAAUGAAUUAACCAGUAUUUUAAGAGAUUUAAUUAUUUUACCUCAAUUAUAAGUCAAUUUUAGUUUGUAUUAAUCUUUUAGUUUUAUUUACAUAUAAUAUUAUAUACAUCAUCAUCAUACCAUCAUGUUAUAUCACUGCAAGAACAUAAACAUUUGCCGAAAACUCAAAUCUUUUCAAUAGCAUUUAUUAUUCUAGUGUUCAGUCAUUUUUAAAAUUAUGAGGAGACUUAAAUUCUGUAUAAUAAAUGUCGGCCAAACGCUUUCUAGGUUUAUAAUGUCUUGACAAACUUUUUAAAGAGUGCACUGUCCUUUUUUUUAAACCAGAGAUGUUUUGAGAACCACACAAAGUCUGCUUUCAUUCUUUUUCCAAGGUUUAUUUUUAUUGCUCUAAAAAAAAUGCCGGUUAAAAGGUAUUGAUUAAUUUUUCCAAAGGUGCAUAGUAAAACAUAUAAAAUACAGAUGUGACAUCAUCCUUCGAUUUUUGCAUAUCUUUAAUUCAAUAUAUGGGCAACGUGCCACUUGUAUAUUAUUUAUCCUAGAUGAAAUAUUCUAUGAUAAUUUCAUUGUAAUGCACAUGUGGGAUAAUGUCUGUAUUUUCAAUUGUUUAAUCGUCUCUAGCAAGACAUGUUGAUACAACACGCUGGUUGGCGUCCUCGUGCAGUGUCAAUACAUAAGGUCUGUCAUUGAGUCAACUGGUGUUGUUUCGAUUCCCUGGUUGUACUUGACAAGGGGUAGUUUCGCCUGUCCAACCUCGUGGGUUUUCUUUGGGUCCUCCGGUUUCCUCCCACUGGUAAAGACCCCUACGCGCAAGCGAAUUAUUGAAAUAAAAAUUAAACCACAUGUUAGUCCCGAAAUGACCUAGUCUGUGUCGAGUGUUUAGCAUGUCUUACUCUUGACUAUUAAACCACAAAAAGAUCUUUACCCGUGCUGAGACUUAACUUGUUCCAAAACAUGAUAUUAUUUUUUGUUUCUUUUAUUUCUUUGAAAUGUUUUUUUUAAUUUUCAGGAAUUGAGCUUUAUUUUUGUUUUUCUUGCAUUCCUGUUGUUUACUUGUUGCCUUUUUGUAAAAAAUAAUAUUGUUCUUUGUAAUUAACAGAGGCCAUACUUGUAUUCAUAUAAGUUUCUAUCUCUGUGAAAAUGUAAAGGAUACUUUUUUUUUUUGUUUCAUUCUGUUUAUGUGAAUAAUUCUUAUAAAGCAAGAUUCCUUGUGGUUAAAUUUAAUUUUAAUUAUUGUCUAUAACAAAUUGUAACAUUAUUUACACCCUACCCUUAAAGGAAUCCAACUUUAAUUUAAAUACUAUACAUGGAUAUUUUCAAAAUAUACUAAUCCAUUAGCACUUGACUCCCUGCAAUUGCCCGAAACUACUGCUGCCUAUAACAACUCAAACUGUUCGAGUCCCGCAAAUAACUGUGAACUAUUUAAGAUCUGUAUACUAAUUCUGUGACUCGGAUGAUUUGAGGUGGUCUAGGAAGCAAAAUUUUAUGACAGUUUCGAAAAUAAUCUACCAAUAUUAUUUUUCUGUAAUUGAUUGAAGGCACUAGGAUAAUUAAUAUUUACAUGUACCAUGUGCUGAAAGGUUCAAAUGGAUCUAAAAACAAAUUUGGCAUUAUUCUGCAACAAUGAUUUUUUUUCAACUGGCCUCUGUAAUUCUGUACUGUGAUAUUCUCUGUGUUGUAAAAGAUGAUGUUCUUUGUAUCAAGUAGAAAAAUUAACUGAAACUAGACACAAGAAAAACUGUUAGAAUUUAGUUUGUAUAUCAAUAAUUCUGUCAAUUCAUUUCUUAAUAAAAUAUAAUACAUUA